AUGUGCACAGAAAUCCUUCACCGCCCGCGCACCUGCCAACACACAAGCUUUCUGCGCUGGGACUACUGCAGCGUCAUCAUCCCCUCCGACCGCGAGCCGGAAGUAGGCCGCGCGUGUCGGCUGUACAAGGUCAAGUACAAGCGCAGCCACGACGGACACAACUGCUUUGAGCGGAUGAGGAAGAUAGCGGUGAGGCUGGGCUGGGUAUUUGGCAGGAAAUAG